GCGGUGUCGGGGGCGCGUGGGGCGCUGGAGGAGGCCGGGACGGGGCUGGCUGCCCUGCCCGGAGCGGAGCCGGGGUCGCCCCGCCGCGGGCCGUGAGGAGCUCGGGCGGCCUCGGGCUCGAUGUAAACACUUGCGAAGUUUCUUCGGGUUUAGUUAAAAAUUGUUGACGGUCUAUUAGCUGCGUAUCAUUCGGAAAUCUGAUGUCUUACGGACGCGGACGUGCGCUGCCGUUCCUCGUGACUCGUUUAAUUAACAGCCGGUUUUGACCCAGACUUGUUACGAAAGUGCAGCUAUUCUCUCCUGCGAGAUGGUGCCUAAUGAACGUGGCUGCGCGUUGCCACACGGCGAUGCAUCAUUUCGGAUCUCCGCGUUUUAGCCCGCAUCAGUCACUGCGUUUUUCGUGGAUUAGUAAGCAGGGAAGUGGGACGCCCCUUUGGCAAUCUGUCAGUGCCAACCUGAGCUGCAUCCAUUCGCUGGGUAUUUUCUAAGCUGACUGACAGUCCUUAAAACAAGUAUGCAGUUAAGCUGCUAAGAGAUGGAGGAAGCUAGUUUGUGCCUUGGUGUUUCUUCAGCUGUGCCAGAAGCUGACGCCCAUCUCAACAGCACCAUACUCAAUGGGCAGUAUUCAAUGAGCCAGAAGCUGCACCAGAUCACUUCCCAGCUCAGCCAUGCUUUUCCAGAGCUCCAGAACAGGCAGAAUCCAGAGGAGAAGGCAUCAGCACCACUAGAAGACAAAAGCCACAUGUCCAUAGCAAACCAACCCAUCAGCAGUCAGAUGGCACUGUUAGCAAACCAGCUCAACAGAGAGGUUGACACCAGUUUGAAUGGGCGUGUGGAUCUGCAGCAGUUCUUAAACGGACAGAACCUAGGGAUUAUGUCUCAGAUGAGCGAUAUAGAGGAUGAUGCCAGGAAAAACAGAAAGUACCCGUGUCCCCUCUGUGGAAAGCGCUUUCGAUUUAACAGCAUCCUGUCACUGCACAUGCGCACUCAUACUGGAGAGAAACCGUUUAAGUGUCCAUACUGUGAUCACAGAGCAGCUCAGAAAGGCAACCUGAAGAUACACCUGCGUACUCAUAAACUUGGAAACCUCGGCAAAGGUCGUGGAAGAGUCCGAGAAGAAAACAGACUUUUACAUGAGCUGGAGGAGAGAGCGAUUCUUCGGGACAAGCAGAUGAAGAGCAGCCUCUUGCAGCCACGACCUGAUGUGAAAGCACAGCAGCAUGCUCAGCCAAUGCCUCUCACAAAUUGCAACUUGUCUGUGCCAGCUAAUCACAGCACACCUGAUAUUUCAAACCCUGUUCCCUCUCCAAAGCCAGUCAGUGUCCAGGAAGAAGUUGUUGCUCAGACAGCUGGGUUCAGAUGCACAUUUUGCAAAGGCAAAUUUAAAAAGCGAGAAGAGCUGGACAGGCACAUAAGGAUCCUGCACAAGCCUUACAAGUGCACCCUAUGUGACUUUGCUGCCUCACAGGAAGAGGAGCUGAUCAGCCACGUUGAGAAGGCUCACAUAACCGCAGAGUCAGCGCAGGGCCAGGGCUCCAAUGGGAAUGGGGAGCAGUCCACCAAUGAGUUCCGCUGCGAGGUGUGUGGCCAAGUGUUCAGCCAAGCCUGGUUCCUAAAAGGCCACAUGAGGAAGCACAAGGAUUCCUUUGAGCACUGCUGUCAGAUCUGCGGGCGGCGAUUCAAAGAGCCUUGGUUCCUUAAAAAUCACAUGAAAGUUCACCUGAAUAAGUUAUCUGUCAAGAACAAAUCUCCUAAUGAUCCCGAAGUACCUGUCUCCAUCAGCAGUAUGUCCCAGGAAGCUCAUGCAAACUUGUAUUCGAGAUACCUGUCCUGUUUGCAGAGUGGGUUUCUUCCUCCUGACAAAGCGAGCUUAAGUGAACAAAAUCAAAUCUAUAACAAAGGAGACAUGCCCAUGAAAGAGAAGGAAGUCUUGGGAAAGCUCCUUUCACCCAUUUCUGGCAUUGGCCACAGUAUUGCUGAAGGGGAUAAACACUCUUUAUUGGGCUGUCUCAAUCUGGUGCCUCCUCUGAAAUCCAGCUGUAUAGAAAGGUUACAAGCUGCCGCCAAAGCAGCGGAGAUGGAUCCAGUAAACAGCUAUCAGGCCUGGCAGCUUAUGGCAAGGGGAAUGGCCAUGGAACAUGGCUUUUUGUCUAAAGAGCAGCAGAUACAGCGCAGCCAUGAAGACACUUUGGCAAAUGCUGGAGUUAUGUUUGAUAAGGAGAAGCGGGAGUAUGUGUUAGUAGGAGCAGAUGGCUCUAAGCAGAAAAUGCCUGCUGAUUUGGUUCACAGCACUAAAAUGGGCAAUCAGAGAGACUUGCCAAACAAACUAGACCCUUUAGAAGGCAGUAGAGAUUUUUUGUCACAUGGUAUGAACCAGGGACUCGAUUACAACUUACAAAGUCAUGGAAAUGUAAAAGAAAAGCCAACUGAAUGCCCGGACUGCGGGAGGGUUUUUAGAACAUACCACCAAGUGGUUGUGCACUCCAGGGUCCACAAAAGAGACAGGAAAGGAGAAGAUGAAAUAAUCCAAGGGAGUCUCGAUGAACGGCGUGGGUCCGGCAGCGAUCAAGAGUCGCAGUCUGUCAGCAGGUCGACGACCCCCGGCUCCUCUAACAUUACUGAAGAAAGCGGAGUAGGUGGGGGUCUCUCGCAGACAGGGAGCGCCCAGGAGGACAGCCCACAUCCUUCCUCGCCCUCCUCUUCAGACAUUGGAGAAGAAGCUGGGAGAUCUGUAGGAGUCCAGCAGCCAGCUUUACUGAGAGACAGGAGCCUUGGUUCUGCCAUGAAAGACUGCCCAUAUUGUGGAAAAACAUUCAGAACAUCACAUCACUUAAAGGUCCACUUGAGAAUACAUACAGGUGAGAAGCCUUACAAGUGUCCGCAUUGUGAUUACGCUGGUACUCAGUCUGCGUCCCUCAAGUACCACUUGGAGAGGCACCAUCGGGAGAGGCAAAAUGGAGCGGGACCACUCUCUGGGCAGUCUGCAAGCCAAGAACACAAAGAAGAGACAUCAAGUAAAAGUUCUGUGUUUAUUAGACCAGAUAUACUGAGAGGAGCCUUCAAGGGGCUUCCUGGUAUUGAUUUCCGAAGUGGCAUGGUCUCACAACAGUGGGCAUCAGGAAUGCUGUCUUCUGGAGAUCAGCAAGGACAAGCAGCUGGCAUGUCAUCUGAAGUAUCUUCAGAAAAUAUGAAGGGUUCUGACAUAUCUUCCAAAGCAACACACUUCUCUGAACUUGGCCGUGCUUACCAGAAUAUGGUUGGGAACGGCGUGAACUUUCAAGGGUCUUUGCAAGCUUUCAUGGACAGCUUUGUCCUAAGUUCUUUGAAGAAAGAAAAGGAAAUGAAGGAUAAAGCUCUAUCAGAUCCACUUUCAGCAAAAGCUUUGGGCUCAGAUGGUGGUGAGGAAAAGGUCAACAGCAAGUCCUCCCAGAGAAAAACCGAGAAGUCGCAAUAUGAACCUCUUGACUUAUCCGUAAGGCCAGAUGCAGCGUCCCUCCCAGGUUCAUCUGUUACUGUGCAAGACAAUAUUGCUUGGCAUGGCUGCUUAUUUUGCUCCUUUACCACUUCAUCUAUGGAACUAAUGGCUCUGCACCUCCAGGCCAAUCACUUGGGCAAGGCUAAACGUAAGGACAACAUCAUAGGGAACAACAAAGAGCAAUCUAGAGAAGCUUCAGCCUCAGUUAACAAAGUGAGCUUGCUCUCUGCUUCUGUACAGUCCAGCAAAGAGGCCGUAGUUUCAAACAUGCUUAGCCAGCUGGACUCAGCUUCUGAGAAAAUGACCCAAGGACAAAAUAAAGAGACCCUGGGAGAGCAAAAGAGUGCUGCCUGGCCCAGCCACAUGGAAUCCACUUUUUGUAAUUUUACAACAGACUUCUAUAAGCAGUUUGGUGUUUAUCCUGGUGUUAUUGGCACAGGAACACAAAAUUCUUGCACCAGUAAUGAAUCUGAAAUAAAACCACAGUCUGAAGAUGACCCAAAUAUCCUGCUCUCUGACUCUGUAAAUAAAAGUGCUACUGAUGACCUUUCUGACAUAGCUUCAUCUGAGGAUAUGGAAUCUUCCAAGGAGGAAAACAUUGAAGAUGAGGACAUUGAAACAGAACCAGAUAUUAUGAAUAAGCAGUUGUCUGCCCUAAACAAGGAAAGCAGUGAAGGAGGCGACAACAUUCAAAGUGCAGUCACCUCACAACCAGCACAAGGGCUCGUAUCGCCACUGCCACAAGCAUCAGAAAAGCAGUGGCACAGUCAGAAUCUUCUAUCCUCCCAUGAAACUGCACAAGGAGUGAUGAAACCCGAACAAGUUCAGGGUCCGCAGGUCCUGGAGAAGCAGAUGAACAUGUUGUCAGUCCUAAGAGCUUACAGCUCUGAUGGCUUAGCAGCCUUUAAUGGACUUGCAAGUAGCACAGCAACUAGUGGAUGUAUCAAGAGACCUGACUUGUGUGGUCACCGGCCCUUCCAGUGCCGCUACUGCCCGUACAGUGCCUCCCAGAAGGGGAACCUGAAGACCCACGUCCUCUGUGUCCAUCGCAUGCCUUUUGACAACAGCCAGUACCCGGACCGCAGGUUCAAGCGCUCUCGGGCAGACUCGGAAGCUCCAGGGAGCCUGGAGGAUGUGGCAGGCCGUGCAGCAGGCCCAGCUGAGCAGGCUGAGGAGGGUGGCCAUGGGCUGGAGUAGCACCCAGCCUGCCCUUCAUGGCCCACUGCUGCACGGGGCUUCAGUGGGCACCAGGGCGGCAGUCGGCCGGCUGCGUUCCUGGUGGAAGAAUUGCGUGCCAACUCCCAGAAGUGUACAGGAUGCUCCCGACGUUUAAGUGUAUAUAUACAUAUAUAUAUGUACCCACAGUGCAUAUAUAUAUAUAUUUACACACACGUGCACAUAUGCAGUCAUAUACCCACUCAAUAUGUAUCUGCAGACACACACAUUCUAUAUGUGGGUGUGUUUAAGUAUAUAUAUUACGCUCACCAAAUACAUUUCCAGCCCUUGAAAAUGGCUGCUAAACUGUUACCUGGCAACAAGUACUUCCAAACAAUGUAGGUGGGAUAAUAAAGUGAUCUAAAAAUGCAAGGAGGUUGUUAGUUAUUUAAAAAAAAGCAGGGCAGUUUCAAACUUUGAAGCGGUCUUUGUCCAAAAAUAAUGCUCUUAACAGAAAAAUGAUACUGUCUAAAGGAUUUAGCGUUGCCUUGAAGAUUGAGGGGCUGUGUUUUCAUUGUUGAAAACACCUUUAUAAUAUGACACCAGCUGCUGUCAUUUGCCUAGCAUAGUAAUGAGAUGUGUUGGUAGACUGCCAUGGUGCCAGUCUGACUGGAGCUGUCAUUGCAGAGAAAAUCAAUUCAAGUGGUGUUGCAACUGCAGUAUAGGAGAAACCCUAGACGGCCCACAAGCUGGGGUCAGUACUGACCUGUACUGGCAAGCAUUGC